AUGUACUCUAAGACUACCAAAUUUGGAACUAAAACUGUUUUCUUGCCCAAUGAGUAUUCUUCUGAUGAUGAGCAAAGCAUAGUGACUCAGGCUUCUUGGUUCAACAGAGCUCAUUACUCUGAUGAAGAGAAAAUGGAUGCCACCCAACUAAAGCUCAGAGAGGCUAUGGUGGAGAGAAUUAAUGCAACAAGAAGCUUGUCCAGAGAGACUCCAAAAUUUCCUCGCAAAAAGUCAAAAACUCAACAAUCCUCGAGCUUGUUGGUUAAGAAGAAAGCUCCUAAGAAUGCUGUGAAGAUGCUCUCACCCUUUGCUCAUAAUAGAAAAUCAACUAAUCACAAAAGGAGCAACUUCAGCAUUGUAGGAACAACAUUUGAAGACUUCUUAACUCACGACCACGUCUCUGCUCUUGAAAGCUUCAACAAAUCAAUGAACUCCCAUCUCUACCCUAAUUCCAGCUCUGAGAACCAAAAUAUCUCCAGCUACUCUACCAGAAUGGAACUUUAUAAAAAGAUUAAUGAACUCAGGAAAGCUAAACUCAAUCUGAGUGCUGAUCGUCAGUCCAUAUCAAGAAAUCAAGAUUCAAAAUUACAAGAAGGAACCUACAAAUUUAGACUUCCCAACAUUAAGAAGCGAUUCACUUACAAACUCGGAAAGCCACAAAAGUCUCGUGAACAAAGCCAUCGCUCUAAAACUAGCAUGUACACCCCUCCUCAGAAGGAUUCACUGGCUAAGGCCUUCGAACGUCUCAACAAAGACCUUGAAAUUGUUCCAAAGUCAUCUUAAUAUAUGUGCGAAGAGAAGACUCUACUUAUACCAUAAUUGUCAUAAAUCUACAUC